UUGCAGUCAUCAAACUCUUUGAAGGCAUCUUAUGAAGACUGGCUGCUGACAUACGGCUUGAGCAUCUCUCCUUUCCACAUGCGAUGGCAAACAGCUGUCUUCAACCGCCAGUUCUACAACUGGGGGAGAUGGAAACCCAGAUUUCUGUAUUUGUGGUUUAGCGUAGGAAUGGUGUUUGGUAUAGUUGCCAUGUUUGGCUCUGUUAUUCUUCUUGGAAAGACACUGAUGCAGACACUGACACAGAUGCUCACGGAGGCACCGAACGCCCAGAAUGAUCGUAUGCUGCAAGUUGUGGUGCCUGGUGUAAAUUUGCCUGUCAGCCAGCUGACCUAUUUCUUCUCUGCAGUCCUCAUCAGUGGUGUGAUACAUGAAGUCGGCCAUGGGGUGGCAGCUAUUCGAGAACAAGUACGAUUUAAUGGAUUUGGGAUUUUUAUCUUCAUUAUCUAUCCUGGAGCAUUUGUUGACCUCUUCACAACCCACCUGCAACUUAUAUCUCCAGUCCAGCAAUUAAGGAUAUUUUGUGCAGGAGUGUGGCAUAAUUUUGUUCUCGGUGUUGCAAGUUUCAUUGUUCUGUUUCUGCUGCCAGCCAUUCUUUUCCCUUUCUAUUACACGGGUGUUGGGGCACUUGUCACUGAGGUUGCCGAGGAUUCUCCUGCCAAUGGACCAAAAGGUCUUUUUGUGGGAGACCUCGUGACUAACCUACAAGACUGCCCAGUCUAUAGUGUGGAAGACUGGAAUUCCUGUCUGGAAGACAUUUCAGAGAAGUCACAGGUUGGCUACUGUAUAAGUGCAGCCACCCUACAGCAAUUAAGCUUUCCAGCUAGAGUCUACAGAAGACUGGAUGGCACAGUUGAGUGUUGUAGUAACAACAGCCUCACAGACAUUUGCUUUUCAUAUAGCAAUAACGUGGACAGCCACCUGUAUGCCUGUCUGCCAGCACGAAAAGUUAUUGAGGCCAGCAAAGUUUGUCGAACCAACGUGGACUGCCAGAAGGACUUUGUUCCAAGCUUUUGUGUGACUCCUUCUUUAGAGAACCAGACAAGACUAAUCAGGGUAAAACAUCCACCCCAUAUUGACAUGCUGUAUGUAGGACAUCCCAUGCACCUUCAGUACACAGUAAGCCUCAGCAGUUUUGUACCACGACAAAACUUUCUAAGCAUCGAUCUGCCUGUGAUGAUAGAGACAUUUUGCAAGUACCUGAUUUCACUGUCAGGAGCACUGGCAGUUAUCAAUGCUGUACCCUGCUUUGCUUUGGAUGGUCAGUGGAUAUUAAAUUCAUUCCUGGAAGCCACUCUGAGCUCCCUGAUUGUAGAAAAACAAAGCAGAGAGCUUGUUGGCUUUUUAAUUUUGCUUGCUGGUAGUGCACUAUUGGCUGCCAAUGUUGCACUGGGACUUUGGAUGGUGACAGCACGGUAG